AUGGACCGGCUUUCCCCUCCAAUUUUCAAUAUAAGUACACUUCCAACCCUCGCGUGCAACUAUGUUGGAAACGACUAUUGCCCGUCUGCAGGCUGGGAAUCCAUAGGCGACUGGUUACGGGUUUACUACUUCUCGGACCAGCCAAGAAUCACGUCUGAGUUACCUUGGCGGGUGCCCAGUCCUCUUGCACCUUACGAUUCGAUCUCAAUACCUGCGAAAAAGUUUACCUUGAAGCCAUACUUCAGCCUCCAGCCUUCCGGGAUCCACAAUCCGCCAAUUGAGAAGAGCUCGCUUGUGCAAAUGCCACAUGCUAGAGUAGUCAAUUUGGACUACUUGCCUUACGAUUCAACGGCGCAAUGCGGUAACGAAGCGAUAGAAGCCUGGGUCAAAAACGACUCCGCGACCAACACCCGGUCGACAGUGCACUGGACUGAUGGCAGCAGCAACUGGGUCUGUGCACAAAACAUCUCCGAUCUUGACAUUUCAGGCGGCUAUAACGCAGCAGCUCUCGUCACGCUCUCCAAAACUCCUUCAGCCGAUCUCAUCGCAGUUGGAUGCUCUAUCGCUGUUGAAUACAUGACAGGGAGGUACUCUAGCACAAGCGAAAUCACAGUAACUCUUGACCACAAUCCCCUCAAGAACCUCUCACCUACCAGCCUGCGAGCCUUCCUCCAAACAAGCUGGCUCAACGACCUCAACCCAACCAUUCAAGGCCUAAACACCACCAUCUUUGAGAAAAUGAUGACUACCAUCGGGCCUUGGGACCCAACAACCAACAACUGA